AUGGGAACGCUAGAAUAUCGUUGGGAAGAUGACGCAGUCUCGGGGCCGCUGGUGUGCAAGUUGCUGGCAGAAACCGGCGACUAUUCGUCAUGGGAAACGCGUGCAUUUCUCCGGCCUAUUUUUCGCUGGAUGAAAGUCGGUUUGCAUAAAGAUGGAAGCCGUGACGACGUAGUCAUUGAGCGCGCUUUUGCUUAUGUCGAGUGGCUAGUCCUGCUCUCCACUCAUGGCGACAGCGCUCGUAACAUCCCAAAACUCCCAAUGUUACAGCCAAGUUAUGCAUUAAAUACGAUUGUCACGGCCAGUCAACGGGCCGGAAGUGUGAAGGAAGCCCAACGAGCAUUCGAUCUAUUGGAAAGAUAUGGCUUUCAACCUGACGUGUUUACGUAUACAGCGCUUAUCGAUGUCAUGGCUCGUAGUGGAGAUCUUCGUGCAGCAAUCAAAAAAUACGAGGAGAUGCGGCUGUCCAUGUCCAAGCCGAACGUUGUCACUUACACGACUUUAAUUCGUGCAGUGGGAGUCAAUGAGUCUGUUGGAGCGGACCAGUGUUUGAAAUUUCUAAGCGAUGCGCGAGCAAGUGGAGCUUUUGACGAGGUUUUAUUUCUCGAAGCUUUGGAAAGUUGUGGGCGUCAAAAGGAUCGAAUCGUGGCUACGCAAGUAUUGAAGGAAAUUAACUUUCACUCACCGAUGCUUCGUGACGAUAAAAGAUUCUUGCAUGCUGUCGGUCAAGUUGCCAAGUCACUGGACUACAAUGGCUCGAGACCAGUUUUUGAUGAUUGGGUGUCUAGUGACGUGAUGAGCACAGAUGAACGAGAUAGGAUUGCUGGACUACAAGUGGAAGAGUGUGCACCUUCUACUGAUAAUUCAAAAUCGCUCGGAUGUCUAGGAUACCAGACAUCGCAAUCUGUUCGGAGAGCAGUAGUUCAACAUGAUAUUAACCGACUGAUAGAGCGGAUACAAAAUGGCUCCAUUGUGACUGUGAAUGAUUUUGAAACGCUCAUUCAUCAAUGCAGGAAGCGCAAAUGGAAAGAAGAUGUCUCAGUUAUUGUUGAUGCCAUGUGCGAUCUUGCCACAAAAGGGUGGCAGCCACCUAGUAACAAAAACUGCGCACCAAUCCCGCCACAGGCACACCUUCGACCUAAUUCGAAAACAUACGUUUCUGUCGUUGAUGCAUUCAUGUGCUGUGGUGAUGAAUGUCUUGCAUGGCAAGUGAUUCAAGAAAUGAGUGCUCUUCCGGAAAUCACACGCGAGCUACCACUGUAUCGGAAAUUUGUCCGUGGUGCAUAUUUGCUGACCAACUGCGAUCAUAUUGCUGAGUUGAUUGCGCUAGCACAUGAAGACAAGAUCGUAUUCACUCAGCGCAUGGGCGUUGAAAUUGCACGCAUGUUUGGAUAUCGCCAUGUUGAGGGAUUUAACUUGUUGUGGCGUGAGCUGCCAGUGGGCGGAAUGGAUGUAAAUUGUAAGCGACAGAGUUUUCUGGAAGAAUUGGUAAGAUCUUGUGCAUAUAAAAAUAAUCUGACGGGGGCAGAGGAGACACUUCGAGCCAUGUUAAAUCACGGUUUCCAGCGAUCAGCUUCCACGGAAACUGCAUUGUUCAUAUGCUGUAUUCAGCACGACUCGGUGACAGAAGCCCAGGCUAUGCUCCAACAUUAUCAAAAAACUUUAUUGAUGAUGUCUGUGCCCGUGUACGAUUCCAUGCUUCGCGAAUUUUAUUUCAAGUAUACUCGUCGCGGUGAUACAUUUGACGAAUCGUCUCGUAAGGUUGCAAUGAAGACAUUGUACGCACGUCGUGCCAUCUUUGAGCAAGUCUUUAACGACCGUGAGGCUCUGGAAAUUCAAGAUGAUCCUGUACCCACGACAACCUUUGACCAAGAUUUAGCGAGCUUUCGAUACUGGUGUUUGCGAUCGACCUUAUCGUGCGCCCCAUUAAUGUUAUCUCAGCAUGCGAUGCAGAUUAUUACAAUGACUCGAGACAAGAACUCCAAAAAUGUAGCCGAGCAAUCGAUUCGAGAUGCGCUAGUGACCACUCCUGAUCCGUGUCUGUUUCUACUCCGAUCGGUCGUUUCGCUACGAUUCUUAGAUUUGACGUUCCGAACUCUAGGCAAGCUAGCCAAACAAUUGCUCACUGUAGUAACUGAUGAGCUACAAAUGGAAAAACGCCAUGCUGAGUACUGCGUGAGCCAAUUGCCACACUUGUCCGUUCACAUUGUAAAGGAAUUAGACGAUGUCGUAUAUCUCCAUCGGUCACAUCGCAUGGAAUUGUUAGCAUUCUGUCAAGAUGCUCUCGAUCAUGAUAGCGUUGAUAAGAUCAUUGGAUUCUUGAUACGCCGACCAGAAUUGUAUAAUACGAACACCGCGACGUAUCUCGGACCAAAAUUUGCGGAGAUGUUUGUAUUCAGCGGAGUUAAUAAUGUUCUUAUGUUCUAUAAAUCGGAUUUAAACGAUGCGCUUGAAAUGCGUCGUCAAUUCGUACGAGAAGUGAUCGAGCUAGAAAAGGUUGCUGCUGAAGAGGAAGAUGAAGAUGAUGCAUGUACCUUUCAGUUUGUAUACAAGGCAAUCAGGGAAUUCAAGCUAGAAAAUGAGCUUGAAUUUAUGCCGUACGUAAUGCAGGCCCGUGCAGCAAUACCGAGACCGGUGUAUGCAGAUGCAUCUGCAACUCCUACUGACGAAUCAGCGUAUCUGAAAAUUCCACUUGCACUGAGUCACAUCAUUGUAGUUGACAGUGACGAGACAUUGACGUUGGCGAGUGAUCUACUCAUGCGAGACUGUGUGACAAGAUUAGGACUUGACGCUGAGUGGCGUCCAGAUCAUCGUGCAACAAUGCCAUCGAAAUGCUCAAUUUUGCAGGUCGCUUGCGACGACUACGUAUUUCUUUUCGAUUUCGUGGAGAUGGCGCUAGGUGAUCUGGAGGAGCUUUUUGCUCAUCUGUUUUCCUCGGAAAACAUUGUCAAACUCGGUUUCGCGAUUCACGGUGACAUAAAGCGGCUGCGCUGGUCAUUUCCGGAAGUCAAAUGCUUCAAUACAUUUGCUAAUGUGCUCGAUUUCUCGUUCGAAGUGCCAGUGGCAAUGACACACUCAGUUGACAAGUCGGGCAUUUUAAGCCACAGCAAUGAAAUUUUAGCGUCUAACUCGAUACAGCAUCGCCGUAGACAGAAGGGACUCAGCACUUUUGUUAAGCAGGCACUGGGAUAUCCACUUUCUAAGCUGCAACAGAAGAGCGACUGGGAGCGCCGUCCAUUGACACCACAGCAGGUGAGCUAUGCUGCAUUAGACGCUUACUGCUUGUUGAUGCUUCAAGACGCGGUGGCGACCACAAAGGACAUUUGUCUAGGAUAG